AAACGUUGCUCGGUUCAACAAGGAUAAUUUACUGGACGAUUCAGAUGAUGAGUUUGGAGAGAUUUUGCUAUAUUUUGCUUGCGAGGAAUAUAAUCAAUUAUAUCUAUCUAAGCAACCUUGUAGAAAUUCAGCUCUUUCAAGCCAUGAAUACGUUAUGGAAGUGUUUCACGGGCAUUGGAGUAGGUGUUAUGAUUUGUUCAGAAUGAACAAAGAUGUCUUCAAACUAUUUUGUGGUGUUCUAAAAGAAAUUUUUUUAUUGAAGAACUCACGAUAUAUGUCUGUUGAAGAACAAGUGGCUAUGUUCUUAUUUGUGAUUGGCCAUAAUGAACGACAUCGUGUGGUUGCUAAACGAUUUCAGCACUCCAUCUCAACCACAUCUCAUUAUUUUAGGAAGGUUUUGAAGGCAAUAUGUCGUCUAUCCAAAGAACUAAUUACUCCACCUUCAUUUGAUGUAACUCCUCCACAAAUUUGAUUCGAUCCAAGAUACUAUCCAUUUUUUAAGAAUUGUGUUGGAGCUAUAGAUGAGACUCAUAUUUCUGCGCAUGUUCCAAUUGAUGAACAAAUACCAUAUAGAGGUCGAAAAGUGGAUACAACUCAGAACGUUAUGUGUGUAUGUUCAUUUGACAUGAAGUUCACAUACGUUGUUCCUGGAUGGGAAGGAUCAGCUAAUGAUGCACGAAUUCUUCUAGAAUGUGCCACAAACCCAGAUUAUGGAUUUCUAAUGCCGCCCCAAGGAAAAUAUUAUCUUGUUGAUUCUGGCUAUACAAACAUGCCUGGUUUUCUUUCGCCAUACCGAGAGGAAAGGUAUCAUUUGGGCCAGUACACAGAUCUUAAUCCCAUAGGAAAAAAAGAGCUUUUCAAUUAUCGACACUCUUCCUUGAGAAAUGUCAUUGAGCAAUGUUUCGGCGUGUUGAAGGCCCAUUUUCCAAUCCUAAAGCAAAUGCCUUCAUAUGAUCUAAGAAUACAAAAGUACAUUGUCAUUGCUUGCUGUGGGAUUCAUAAUUUUAUAAGGACAAAUGCAGAAGCAGAUGUAUAUUUUGAUGGAGGUGAAGGAAAUUCUGAAGUACAGACCAUUACUUUACAAAGCACGGAUGGAACUUUGACUGAUAGUGUAGAGUUCAGUAUUUCUAGAACUCAUAUACGUGAAAUGACUCAUGUUCAUGAUGAAAUUGCUGACCAUAUAUGGAGAGCUAGUUGACGAUAGUGAGAUUGAGUAAAGACAUUAGUUGAUUGUUAUGACUCGUUUAAUAC